UAGCUCUGGAGAGAGCUUUCGCACCUGUGGCCACUAACGGUCAUACUUUCUCUGCUUUGUUUCAAGACCCGCAUCAGAAAGCUUUUGAAUGGUGGUACUUUUCCAGUUGGUCUACCUGCUCUUCACGUAGCUCUAGCUGCAUGUCGUCGUGUAGGUGCUUUUUUCCCCCUGGAGAUAGGCACUGCUCAAUCCACUCCUCCAUAGUCCCAGGUCAGUUCCUGUCUCUGUUCUACACUGACCGGCUGGGUCUUUACCCACAUGUAGACCUGACCAGCAGGAAACAGCUGAACGGUGGCAUCCCACAGAGAGGGGACCUGAGGGCCAGUUUGAACAAGGCCAGAGCCGACAUCAACUACUACAUCACAUCCAAGACGAGCCGAGGCCUGGCUGUGAUCGACUGGGAGGAAUGGCGCCCCCUGUGGGACAGGAACUGGGGCGCUAAAAUAAUCUACCAGACUCUUUCUGUGGCUCACCUCCUGCAGACUGAGCACUCCCUCAAUCUGCAGCAGGCCACAGAAAGAGCCAAGACUCAGUUCCAGGUGGCAGCUAAGAGUUUGAUGUCCGGGAUGUUGGCGAUUGGCCGAGCCAUGAGGCCUAACUACCUGUGGGGCUUCUACCUGUUCCCUCACUGCUACAACUACGGCUGGGAGGAGCCUUUUUACACCGGCCGCUGCUCCAGGGAGGUGAGGAGGCAGAACGACGAGCUGCUCUGGCUGUGGGAGUCCAGCUCUGCGCUCUACCCCUCCAUCUACCUACAGGUCUCUCUGGCUGACAAUCCCAGAGCUGCCCUGAUGGUGAGGAACCGUAUCCAGGAAGCGCUGAGAGUGUCUGCUCUGCCCCAGGGACAGGGAGGAACCGCGCCUGUGUUUGCUUACAUGAGAGCUGUCUUUGUUGACGAGAACAAACGCUUCCUCAGCCAGGCAGACUUGGUCAGCACCCUUGGGGAGAGUGCAGCAGUGGGGGUGUCCGGUGCCGUGCUGUGGGGGGCCAGCGCUGACUACGAUGACCAGACGUCUUGUGCCGCCCUCUCCUCCUACCUCACCUCCACCCUCAACCCUUACAUCACCAAUGUCACCGUAGCCGCCCAGCUCUGCAGCAACUUCCUGUGCCGAGGGAAUGGCCGCUGUCUCCGAAAGAACUACAACUCAAAUCACUACCUCCAUCUAAACCCAGAGAAUUUCAGGAUCUUGCAUGUUCAGAAGCGCUUCCUUGUCCUGGGGAGACCUUCCCUCUCAGACUUAAAGGCUUUCAGCAGGGGGUUUAGCUGUCAGUGCUACACAGGACUGAGCUGCUCUCCCAGGACUAACAGAGAGCUAGCCAAGGCCCUGACAUUUAGUGUGAAGCAAGGGCUGUACCAGAAAUUUCACACUCUGAAUCAAGCUAUGUUGCAGGAUACAAAACAAGCCGGUUUUACCAAGUACAAUGGUCAAACGAAUCUCAAAGUUUAGCUUGUUGUUGUUUUACCUGAUGUUCUUUCACACUUCUUAAACCAAACAUUCAGAACUGGAAAUGACCUGGUUUUGUCAUAAUCCAGUGCUGGUCACAUCAUCUGUUAUUUUUAAAGUACUUACCUCAUCUUGCCUGCAUAUUAUGACCACUGACAUAAUGUUACAUGUGCCACAGUCUUGCCAAAGAACACAGUAUUGCCAAAACUCUAACCUGCAAACAAAAACUAUGCAGUAUAAAGUGAGAAGCUGCAACAAUAGUAUUCAGCUCUGCUUGGUAUUUGAAUUUGAUUAGACUGUAUAUGUACAUUUACAAAGUUGUUGGUUCUGCGAUGAGCUUGAAUGUCACAGUCAAUACACAGAGCGUGUGAUGACUGAGUGAAUGAAAAGUUAUUGGGGGUUCAUUGGGAUACAUUCAUGGUAAAGGUGUUGCUGUUGUUAGCAUAAAAAGAUGAUUUUGCUCACUCCUUGCACAGGUGUUUUCACUUAUAUUACCUUAUUAAAGCUCCUUUCUUAGAACAGGUGUAACUAAUCAAGAUAAUUAGCAGCUUUGCGAGACCAAACUUCAACCUGUGAAGAGGUCUAGUCAGAAAAGUGAUGUUUUCAAGGCUAUUAAAGUCACAUUAAUGGAUUUUUAGGCCACUAGAGAAGAACUCAACAAGAAGCUAGUUAAACCGUUAGCAUCCUAGCAGGCUGUUUUGGCUGUUGUUGUUAGCAAGCAGCUACCUACUUUCAAAUGCUGCUAAUGUGGAGCGACAUUAACAUUCAGUUGGACAAAUGUUGAUUGCUACUGGGUGAAUGUAAGUAGUACUUUUAUCUAAUUUCACAAUUUUUUAAGUCUCCAACCCCUGAGAGAAAUAAACAACUAGCUUAUUUGCUUGUUUUUGACCAGCUA